AUGGAAGCAGUUCCCAUCCCAAGAAAACUAUGGGAGCAUCCCAGCCCCGAGUCAACAACAAUGGGACAAUUUCGUCAGGAACUGGAACGAUCAACGACGCAGCGCUUCAAGUCAUUCCACGAAAUGUAUCUCUAUUCUAUCCAAAACCGGACUGAAUUCUGGGCAUUCUGCUGGAAAUAUUUCCGCAUUAUCCACGAAGGUACUUACACACGUGUAUACGAUGAAACAGCUCGAAUGGACAGCAUCCCCGAAUGGUUCUCAGGAAUCAAACUAAACUUUGCCGAGAACCUACUCUUCACUCACAAUGACACUGCCGGGAACAGUAGUCACACUCACACAAGCGGUAAAGAAGACGACAAAAUCGCAGUAACCGAGGUUCAAGAGGGAGCUAUCACAGACGCAAUCCAUCUUACCUGGGGAGAACUAAGAAGAAAAACCGGUCUACUUCUCCAAGCUAUGAAAGCCCACGGUGUUAAACGGGGCGAUCGAAUCGCAGUUUGCUCUGCGAAUAGCAUCGAUACGCUCCUUGUGUUUUUGGCGACUACCGCGCUUGGAGCUAUAUUUUCAUCUAGCUCAACUGAUAUGGGGGUUAAGGGCAUUUUGGAUAGGUUGCUUCAGAUUAAGCCUCGGUGGCUUUUUAUGGAUGAUUUUGCGGUUUAUAAUGGGAAGACGAUUGAUUUGCGAGGGAAGAUGAAAGAUAUUGUGUUGGGGAUGGGAUCUGUUUCGGAAUUUCAGGGUGUUGUUUCUCAGUCGCGGUUUUUGAAACCAGCUGAUUUGGGUGAUAUUCCGAUGAGUAUUACUUUGGGGGAGUUUCUUAAGAAGGGAUCUGGGAAUGAUCGGCUUGAGUUUGAACGUGUUAGAUUCCGAGAUCCGUUCUUGAUUGUUUACUCGUCUGGUACGACGGGGCAGCCGAAGUGUAUUGUUCACUCGGUCGGUGGAGUACUCUUGAACGGGCAUAAAGAAGGUGGUUUGCAUUCGGAGUUGGGUCCAGAAAGUGUUGCAUUGCAGUAUACAACGACAGGAUGGAUUAUGUAUCUAUCUGCUGUACAGACGUUGGUGCUUGGAGCACGCGUGGUGUUGUAUGAUGGCAGCCCCUUCAUACCUAAUGUGACGACACUGGUUGACUUGGCAGCCCAGGAGAAGGUGACACACUUGGGCAUAUCCCCACGAUGGCUACAUGAGCUACAGCAAGCCAAGAUUAAGCCGCGAGAUAUGCGCGACUUGAGUUCUCUCCGCGUGGUAACCAGUACUGGAAUGGUCCUGCGAGAUGCCUUAUUUGAAUGGUUCUACGACGAGGGAUUUCCACCGCAUGUUCGCCUCAACAAUAUCUCCGGUGGCACAGACCUCGCUGGCUGUUUUGGCGUAAGCAAUCCACUAACGCCUAUUUACGUCGGGGGCUGCGGUGGACUUAGCUUGGGUAUACCCGUCGAAGUCUACGAUUCUAUCAUUGAAGGCGAUGGUGUGAAAGGACAAGCCGUGGAAGAAGGCAUCCCAGGAGAUUUGGUAGCCACGUCAGCUUUUCCCAACAUGCCCACGCAUUUCUGGGGUGACGAUGACGGUAAAAAGUACCAUGGUGCAUACUUUGGACGAUUCGAGAAUGUGUGGACCCACGGAGACUUUGUGUCGAUCCACCCGACCACCAAGCAACUCAUAUUCCACGGCCGUGCCGAUGGAGUCCUUAAUCCCUCAGGUGUUCGGUUCGGAUCCGCAGAAAUCUAUCGGGUACUUGAAGAAUAUUUCACGCGGGAAAUAAGCGACUCGAUCUGUGUCGGACAGCGACGACCCACAGACGAGGAUGAACGGGUGAUUCUUUUCUUACUGAUGAAGCCCGGGACCAAAUUUACGACAGAGUUGGUCAAUCGAGUGAAGCGUACGAUCCGAACCGAGCUUAGUGCGCGCCAUGUGCCGAUGUUCAUCUUUGAAACCCCUGAAAUCCCGACCACCGUCAAUUUGAAGAAAGUGGAGCUCCCUGUGAAGCAAAUCGUGUCUGGCAAACGGAUCCAACCCUCUGGCACACUUCUCAACCCCGGCAGUCUGGAGUAUUACUAUCGAUUCGCUGAAAUUGAAAAGGUCGUGCGGGAAAGUAAGCUGUAA